GAAAAUUUUCAGGUCACUCGUGCCUUCCUUUGCGAUCUGAUCUUCUCCUACCUCAUACGCGGCCUCUCCGCCGCGUCUUCCACCGCUUGCUCCGUCGGCGACCACCUGAACUCCCUCUUCCUUGCUCUCUCUAGUCCCUAUGGAGUUCAUCUAGAAAAGUGGCGUCGCCUCUCGCCGCCUCGUCACCGGCGGUCCGCCUGUCGGACGAUAUCUACGAAAUCAAGAACAGAGAGGGACGAUGGGACGGCAUCUCGUCCACCUCUUCGGCAACAUCUCUGCCCGAUCUGUUUCUGUCUUGCGAGGGUUCCGGCUUCACUCUUCCUCCGCAUGCUACCCCGUGGUCCAAACCGUAGUUUCCCACCAACCACCGCCGCCUGCACGGACGCUCUUAGAUCUCCGCCGUCGGCUAGCAGAUGAAUCCCUCUCCCUUUCCGACUUUGUCUACUCUGUCGAAGUGGGGACAAAGAAGCGCCCGAUUCCCAAGCCCAAAUGGAUGAAAGAGACCAUUCCUGGGGGCGCCAAGUACGCCGCCAUUAAGUCCAAGCUCCGGGAGCUCAAGCUACACACCGUGUGCGAGGAGGCGAGGUGCCCUAACCUUGGUGAGUGCUGGGCAGGAGGCGAGACUGGAACCGCCACAGCCACCAUUAUGAUCCUUGGGGAUACUUGUACUCGCGGCUGCAGGUUUUGUAAUGUUAAGACAUCACGCACACCUCCUCCACCUGAUCCAAAUGAACCUUCUAAUGUUGCUGAAGCUAUUGCUUCUUGGGGUUUGGACUAUGUGGUACUUACUAGUGUUGAUCGAGAUGAUUUGCCUGAUCAAGGAAGUGGCCAUUUUACCGAAACUGUGCAAAAAUUGAAGGCAUUGAAACCUAAUAUUCUGGUAGAAGCCUUAGUUCCUGAUUUUCGAGGAGAUCGAAAUUGUGUGGAGAAAGUUUCUAAAUCUGGUCUGGAUGUUUUUGCUCACAACAUUGAGACAGUUGAAGAGAUGCAGAACACAGUCAGAGACCAUCGUGCUAACUUCAAACAAUCAAUUGAUGUCCUUAAAAUGGCCAAAGAAUAUGCUCCUUCUGGCACACUAACAAAGACAUCGAUUAUGUUAGGCUGUGGUGAAACACCCGACCAAAUAAUCAGCACAAUGGAGAAAGUUAGAGCAGCUGGAGUGGAUGUCAUGACGUUUGGUCAAUACAUGAGACCCUCAAAAAGGCAUAUGCCGGUCUCUGAAUAUGUAACACCAGAAGCUUUUGAGAAGUAUCGAGCUCUUGGUGUUGAAAUGGGAUUUCGUUAUGUUGCAUCUGGCCCCAUGGUCCGAUCAUCAUAUAAAGCAGGUGAAUUCUAUAUCAAGUCAAUGAUUGAAUCUGAUCGAGCGAAGAUAUCUUCUGCAUCAAAUGAUGGAUCUUAACAAUAUUAUACACUGGUCAAUUAUAGGACUGAGUUAUUUUGUCAACAAUAGUAAGUUUUUUGUCAAGUACUUUGACAGUAUUGCUGCUUCAUUUUUUAUUGUUAAACUAAUUGAAAGUUGUACACAGGUGAUUGACACCUAUGACUGCUGUAUUUGUUGUACUCUGUUUGCAAAUAAUAGAGAUGUUGUUCUUGCUGCAUUGGCAGCAAUGUGACCAA